AUGCUUGUCAAGACAUCGACGGUGCUCUGCGCGCUCAGCGUAGCCGCCUACGCCGCGCCGCAGCAGCUCCCGAUCGCCGCCGGCGGCCGCCGCGCGGAUCGCGAUCCCGUCACCAUCCGCUGCGGCACGGGGUCCAACACGGAGCCCUGCCCGGCUCGCUACAAGUGCACGGCGCCGCCCAACUGCGAGCGGUACUUCCAGGGCGUCUACUACGAGGGCUGCAUCGGCACCUGCGUCCCGGACGUGCCCACGAUCUGA